CCCGCCCUCCGCCUGGGCUCCGCCUUCGCAGGUUGAUGGCAGCGGCAGCUGGGACUGCAGUGGCGCCCGGCCCCGGAGAGCCGCACGCAGCGGCUGGAGCGCGCAGCCCCACACCCGGGCCCAGACGCCGCGGACACCGGAGCCGCAGCUCCUUCCGGCCCCUGCCGCCUACCUCGGAGCCAGCGCGCCCCCAGCUCCCUCCGCAGAGGAGUCGCUGCGUGAGCGCCCCUCGGCCCGCCCAGGACCAGUUCACAGGACUAAGGACCGAAGGCGUUUCUGGGCACUGAGAGCCUCCAUCGCUGCCCCCAGCCAUGAGCCGGCGCGUGGUUCGGCAGAGCAAGUUCCGCCACGUGUUUGGGCAGGCGGCAAAGGCCGACCAGGCCUACGAGGACAUCCGUGUGUCCAAGGUCACAUGGGACAGCUCCUUCUGCGCCGUCAACCCCAAAUUCCUGGCCAUUAUUGUGGAGGCUGGAGGCGGAGGUGCCUUCAUCGUCCUGCCUCUGGCCAAGACAGGACGAGUGGAUAAGAACUACCCACUGGUCACUGGGCACACUGCCCCUGUGCUGGACAUCGACUGGUGCCCACACAAUGACAACGUCAUCGCCAGUGCCUCAGAUGACACCACCAUUAUGGUGUGGCAGAUUCCAGACUAUACCCCUAUGCGCAACAUUACAGAGCCCAUCAUCACACUAGAAGGCCACUCCAAGCGCGUGGGCAUCCUCUCCUGGCACCCCACUGCCCGGAAUGUCCUGCUCAGUGCAGGUGGUGACAAUGUGAUCAUCAUCUGGAACGUGGGCACCGGGGAGGUGCUCCUGAGCCUGGACGACAUGCACCCGGACAUCAUCCACAGCGUGUGCUGGAACAGCAAUGGCAGCCUGCUGGCCACCACCUGCAAGGAUAAGACCCUGCGCAUUGUCGACCCCCGCAAGGGCCAGGUGGUGGCGGAGCGAGCCCGGCCUCACGAGGGCGCCCGCCCGAUGCGGGCCGUCUUCACCGCAGACGGGAAGCUACUCAGCACCGGCUUCAGCAGGAUGAGUGAGCGACAACUCGCGCUCUGGGACCCGGUAGGCCAGGCUGCGCCGGGGCGUGCGCUCGCGACUUCGCUAGGUCAGCCCGGAGCGCGGCCGGCGCCCAAGAGGGCGCCUUCUGGAGCAGCCUCGCCGCGUCCCCGGGACACCGGCAGACACCCCCCUGCUCUAGGGAUCAGCCUCGGAGAGCGCUUAAGGGCUCGUCAUCCGCUGAGACGCACGCCUUCAGGUCUCCCAAGGCCCAGACGCGCCCCCGGUCCGGGGACAGUUAGGGCCCCAGAAGCUGAGUACUUAGGCCCCUUUUUGUCUCCGCCCCCCGAGAGGUUUGCGGCCCACGAGGGGAUGAGGCCCAUGCGGGCCAUCUUCACGCGCCAGGGUCAUAUCUUCACCACGGGCUUCACCCGCAUGAGCCAGCGAGAGCUGGGCCUGUGGGACCCGGUAACGCAGCUGGAAGCGUGGGGUGUGUGCCCCGGGGACUGGCAUCACGGGAGAGGGGCCAGGCGUCCCCCACCCGCAGGGCAUGCCCACCUGGACAGGGCUGGGGGCUGCUGCCCUCUUUGCAGCGCCUGCCACCCGCACAGCCACCCCUCCGCCCAGUUUUGCUGCGUCGCCUGCAGGAGCCCACGCUGGCGCCCCCAACCGAACAACUUCGUGGAGCCAGUGGCGCUGCAGGAGAUGGACACGAGCAACGGGGUCCUCCUGCCCUUCUACGACGCCGACUCCAGCAUCGUCUACCUGUGUGGCAAGGGCGACAGCAGCAUUCGGUACUUUGAGAUCACCGACGAGCCACCCUUCGUGCACUACCUGAACACGUUCGGCAGCAAGGAGCCGCAGCGGGGCAUGGGGUUCAUGCCCAAGCGGGGGCUGGACGUCAGCAAAUGCGAGAUCGCCCGGUUCUACAAGCUGCACGAAAGGAAGUGUGAACCCAUCAUCAUGACUGUGCCCCGCAAGUCAGACUUGUUCCAGGACGACCUGUACCCAGACACGCCGGGACCCGAGCCGGCCCUAGAAGCGGACGAGUGGCUGUCGGGCCAGGACGCCGAGCCCGUGCUCAUCUCGCUGAGGGAUGGGUACGUCCCCCCCAAGCACCGCGAGCUCCGAGUCACCAAGCGCAACAUCCUGGAUGCGCGCCCGCCCUCCGGCCCCCGCCGCAGCCAGUCAGCCAGCGACGCCCCCUUAUCGAACACGCUGGAGACGCUGCUGGAGCAGAUCAAGGCCCUGCGGGAGCAGGUGCAGGCCCAGGAGCAGCGCAUCACGGCGCUGGAGAACAUGCUAUGCGAGCUGGUGGACGGCACGGACUAGCGCAGCGCUCCCGACGGCUCCGAACCUGGAGGGUGAGGCCGGCCGGGCGGGCGCAAGGGCUCGGCCUGCCCAGGCUUCGGACCUGCAACCUGGGACCCCGCCUCUGGGCUGGGUACGGGACUGGGAAUGGAACGCCUUCCCCCGCGGGAAGCCUGGACAAUGGAGCCUCAGGGAGGCGAGCGUCCGUCGGGCACCCACGCCGCGCGCCUCACCCGGGACCCGGCAGGAGCUGGCCUGGCGAGGUCGCGGGACGGGGCCUCCGCCACGGUGCUGCGCGGCCAGAGGGCGUCCGCUCUGUCCCGCGCUCAGGGCGGAGGAAGUGCCUAGUUGUUAGCGAGAUGCUUGGGGAGGCGGGGGGAGCUUGGGCUUGACCGCAAAGGGGUGGCGAACCGACGGGUGUCCCUGGACUGGCUGGGAAAUGACAGGCCACGCCCUCUGACCAGGUCACACGACUCCACCCACGAGAGGUAAAGCGGCCGAGGCCGCCCCAGUUCUACAGACGCGGACAACCCGUUGUCCGUGGAGCUGUACCCGCUGGCUGCGCCCAGCAGAGGGCUCUCUCCCUUCCUCCCCCGGGGAGGGCGGCUUCCUCGAGGGGGAGGGCGAGCAACACUCGCCCGAGGAAGCAGGUUCACCCCCUCUCCCCUGCGCCCCCCCAACACACACUGCCCCCAGCCCUCUGCGUGGCCCUGGCUCCAGGAGGAAAACAAGUCAUGCGGAAUGAAAUCUUUUACUAAG